UUUUUCUCGAGCUUUCUUUUCGAGGACGAUCCCUUCCUUGAUCGUCAGCUUCUGGUUUGGUUCAACUCGACACCAUUGUGUUUGCGUUAAAUAUAAAAUAUAUUUGAUAUCCGAUCGUUGUUGGCGCGUCUUAAUACGAUGCACUGUUGAAUUAAUUAACGUGAUUAAUAAUGUCUGGAUGCCGACUUCGAUGCAUGUGGAAAUUGAACGGAGGAUUCGGAAGUUGCUUUGGAUAUAACUAUGUCAUCAUCGAUCGAGGCCAUUACAAAUCAUCUAUUGUUUCGUGCUGCGCUUCUUUAUCAGCGUCUCGGAGUCUUCAAAGUUCCCAAAGCUCAGCUUCGUCGAAAACUCGGACUCGCAGAUACCUCACAAACAAGUUUGCUCUCCCUUUUUCUCUUUCAUUUGCAACAAAUUGAAUUAUUAUAAUGUCGAUUCUUAAUUCAGUCGAUCGCUCGAGUAUCGAGUAUAUCGGGAUGACAUCGGUUGUGCGAUUUCGGAGGUGUCAAAGUAAUGCUGAAAAGAACUUGACAUGGAAAUCUGCAAAGUGCCUUCCUGCGAUAUGCGGGAGGAUGAGGAGUGGAGUGACUCGGAGAAGACCCCGUCGGUGAGCAGCGGCGUGGAUGGCGGCGGAUCAGCGGUGUCAAGUCCUGUCGCACCCGCGGUCGAGGAAGACUCGAGCUUACCGCCCCCGCCGAGACUCAAUCCUCUGUCGGCCUCGGCCAAUUCCACCAAUGAAGACCUCAGACUACGUCUUAGUGUACUUCCAGAAGACGCUAGGAAACGCCUCGCCAGCCUCACCGAGGACAUCGAGGUCGCCAGGAGCAUAAAAAGCCAUGCACCGUCCAGGAGAGUGCGUACGCGAGAGUCGAGUCCCAAGGACGUCGAAGAGGAGCAGGUGGCGGUCAAGGAAGAGGAGUGUCAACUGAGGUCGUCGUCUUUUUCGUUGUCUUCCACCAGGAAACGAGACGCCGUCUGCCGUCGGGACUCGGAGGACUCUGCGAAACGGUCCGACGAGUCAGCCACCGAAGCCAAGAGGAUAAAGCCUGAAGAUGAGGCAGCACCAAGACUGAGACUCAAUGCUAGUCUGGCGACGGAUCCCGCCCUGAGACCCGCCGCCGUCGCCGCUCUUACUGUGAAGCCCGAGAACUCUUCACCGCCGAACCCGACUCCGCCGUUGCCGGCCGGUCUCCAAAACGCGAUCGCAUCCGGACGUCUGUUUGUCCUGCCGACCGACGGCAAGGAAACGAUCACGGUGGAACCAGCAAGGCCGACUGCGUUGGUUUGUCCACCGUGCGGCAUACGCUUCAGUUCGGCGAGCACUCUGGAAGCGCAUCGCACCUACUAUUGCGCCCACCGACCGCGUUUGGAGGAGGAUGCGGCGAACGAUGAGGACGACGACAAAUCCGGCAAGUACGAGGUGCGGAAGGCGUACGCGUGUCCUCAUUGUUCGUACAGCGCGGAUAAGAAAGUGUCGUUGAACCGACACAUGCGGAUGCAUGCGGCAUCGCCGGCUCCACCGACGAUACCGCCGGCGAAUCCAACCCCGACCAGCAACCCGGCCAUCGGUCAAACCACCGCCUCCAACGGUUCUCUCAGCGAGGAGGCUGAGAGAUAUUGUAGGAAUUGUGACAUCAGAUUCAGCUCCUUGAAGACGUACAGGGCACAUAAAACGCACUAUUGCAGUACCAGGCACGUGGUGAAGGACACGGUACCAACGCCAGCGACGCCGCAAUCCUCGGUCAAGGCGUCUCCGCCAACGAGUUCGAGUCCCGGCGAUUCACCACCCCCGCAACCUUGCCUGGCACUGCCAACCAAUCCUCCUAUCGUCUUGCCGUACACGGUGUUUCGCGGGGCGAGCGUUCUCGCUGCACCAUCUCUUCCGCUUUCCGAUACAGUAUACUACCUUCUGCCAGACGGUACCCUCCAACCGGUAACAAGGGGUCUUCCAUCCGCUACGCAAAACGCAACGAUGGAACCACCGGCUGUCUUAAAAGCGGCAAACAAGCCCUCAACGCCAGCAUCGGUAGUUAUGGCGUCCACGUCGCCGUCCGCUUCAGCACCCCUUGAUCUCAGCGUGCGUAGAUCGCCGGGUCAUCAGGACGAGAAGGAGAACAGGAUGUCACCGGCGCCAUCGUCUCUGCCGCCACCACCGGGCAGCCCCAGAUCCAGGAGCAGCGGUAGUCCCAGAACAAGUUCUAUAAGUUCAACGCAGACUGCUGCCGGUGUUGUUGCAUCAUCACCAGCUACUGAAAUCCCUUUAAGAUUAACUGAUUUGCCGCCACCUCCUGUUCCGGGGGUACUAGUGAAGCAAGGUGUUUCUAGGUGCAAGGAAUGCAACAUCGUGUUUUGCCGGCACGAGAACUUUGUUGCUCAUAAGAAGCACUACUGCCAGGCGAGAGAAACUACAGUGAGUAACAGUCCGCCGCCUCCGGGUACACCCUCGCCGCCAUUAGUCCAACUGAUUUGCGCCGCGUGCGGCAUCAAGUUCGCCUCCAUGGAUAACUUGGUCGCCCAUCAGGCGUUCUACUGCCCCAAGAGGCCCGAGUCUCAGGAACAUCACACGCGCUGUUCCAAGUGCAAAGCGAUAAUAGAACCCGGAGGUAGCAGCCAUACCUGUAGCAGCGGCACUACAGGAGGAUGGCGAUGUCCAGUUUGUGGCGCCGUUAGUCCUACGGCUGGCGCCGCGCAACGUCACAUGGAUGCCCAUCAGGGCAUUAAGGCCUUUCGGUGCACUAUUUGUCGUUAUAAAGGCAACACUUUACGUGGCAUGAGAACCCACAUCAGGAUGCACUUCGCGAAGCGUGGCACUGAUCUACAGGAGGAGAAUUACAUAACAUGCGUAUUAGACGAUGAAGCGACGUUACCCACGCCCGAACCCGCAGCCGCCACGACGCCGGAGGAGAUCCCCGCAGAGGUGCAAGUGAACGGCAAGACCACGGACAUAAGGAAGAGCCCACAGCCGCCACCGUCGUUGCCGCCACCCGCGGCGGUCACCAGUAAGGUGAAGCAAGAACGCGAGGACACGCCACCGCCGCCGCCACCUCCACCCCCGGAGGAGAGUCUGGACCCUACGAAGAGCGGGCCUCGAUAUUGUCGAUCCUGUGACAUCAGCUUCAACUAUCUGAGCACGUUCAUUGCCCACAAGAAAUUCUACUGCUCGAGUCACGCCGGCGAGGCCAGCAAUAACAACAACAACAAUAAUAAUAACAACAACGCCAGCGGACACACUACGUCGCCGCCAACCGGCAGGACUGAGGCGUCGGUGCUCUAAGGAUGAGAAGUUAGCCGCAAACUCGAGGCAAACGGGACGCCUCAGUCACAGUUUCUCUUCCUCUUCCUGGGGUUCCUCUUCGCGUUGGGUACAUUGAAAGUGUACAUUAAAAAAUUCACGGUCGAGUGCAAAAUUAGAAGCACCUCGACUGCUUGAGACUGUCGGGAACUGUCUGUUUGGGAACUCUACUUGCCGAGAAGAUUGUCGAUUCACGAUGCUAAGUGAAUAUAGUUUAGAGGUAGAGAGAAAAGACUGUUCGUAAGAACGACGGUCUUGUGAUGAUGUUACCGGAGUACGAGGAUGUUCCUCGGAGACAGGGGCAUUUUGAAGAUUCAAGUUAAAAGGAAAAAGAUACUUGGGGAACGAGAAGUUUCUGAAAACAUGACGAGAACGUUCCCACAGAAUUGCGAGAUUUCCGAGGCAAUUUGCGAGGAAGACGAAAGCUCGCCGGGAAGAAGAACAAAGCGUAUCAAGCGCGCAACGACUAGAAGCAGGACUGUUAAUUGUUGCCAGUUUAUACAUAAUAUAAUGAACGAUUAUCGGAUUUCUCAGUUGACUCUUAUUACGUUGUGUGAUUUUUGUUGAUCCAGGGAAUCGUUCGUACUUAUAAGCUGAUAGUAUCUACGUGUACAUAUAUAUAUGCGCGCGCACGUGUGUUUGUGUGUAUGCGAGGGAAAAUUUAACACAAAUUAAAAGGCGCAAACAGAAUCAUAACCAGAAUCUGGUUUGUGUCAUGCAAAAAUUAUAAUUAUCUAAAUUAAUACAUAUAAUGUGACAAUAUAUAAGAUAAAGGUUUGCGUAAAGCAUGAAAUGAACAGAGAAAAAAACGAUUUUUAAGAGAAAAUCUCUUGUAUUCUUUGUUUUCGGAGCUAAUUUCGGAGUGACGUUUUCUUGCGUAUGCGUUUUUCAAAUGUUGAUUAACAUUAAAAUGUAAUUUCAAAAGACAGCACGGAAAUCCUUAAUAUUCCUAUAAUUUUUCUGAGUGUUAAUUUAAUUUCCUCUCGUCAUUGUUUGACCAAAUAAUGCAAAAUUUUUCUGUGAAGAAAGCGAAGAUGCAUGAUUAAUAACUUAACCUGCCAAUCCAAUGAAAUCCUGUAAUAUGUAAUUUUCUUUUUAAUUAUAUAAAACGUUUUGGUAAAUUUGGCAUUAAAAUGAUCGAAAAUAUCUGAUUAUGGCUCUGGGUGCGCACAAUCAAUUCGACGAUCGUCACGUCGAUUUGGCGUUCUCAGAAGAACACUCAGAGAUGAUGAGACGCCGCAUACGUUUGUACAUAGAAAGCAAAUCAACGGAAUGAAUACCGCGAAUGGGAAUGGCGAAACGAGGAUGGGUGAGAAAAAGAUAACGCGUCUGAGCUCGAUGAACUGAUCGAUCGAUCCAGACGAAGGUGUGCAAUCUCAUGACUCUUCAGUAAUCUCGUAGCAUAGUUAAUAAUCGACAUUACCUAAGGACGAGUAUGAUGAGUGUAAAAUGUUGUACAGUAGGUGAGUAGAGUAUUACGGAGCAGUAGUAAAAGCGAUUCUGAUGAAUGAUACCAACAAUCUCAGCUUGUGAAUCUAAGUUACGUUGCAAUGUAUGACAUUUAAUAUAUAAAUAUUAUAAAUAAAUAAACGGUUAUAUGCCUGCGGAAUCGCGUCCGCACUCACGGAUAAUAGUAUGAGUGCGUCGAUAAAUAUCCGUCGCGCGAAGGACCUUGGUGCUACGCGUUCAACCGGCUGCGUAGCGAAAAAAGUGCGCAACCUUUUACAUAGUAUAAUUGUAAUUACGAUGAGUACGGAGUUGAGGUUUUCUCCGCGAGAGAACAAUUGCACAUUCGUUGCCACUUAUUUAUUAUUUAUUUAAAUCUCUCUCUCUUUCUCUCCCUCCCUCCCUUCCUCCCUCCCUCCCUCC